UUGAAGGUCUUGACCGUCUUGAAGAUGUUAAGAAGGAGCACCUCACUUUAUUAAAGACAAUGCACAGUGUUGGCCUGAAGUGGGCAGAAAAGCUUCUAUCUGAAAACACUUCAUUGACAUUCCGCCUUGGAUAUCAUUCGGUUCCUUCAAUGCGUCAACUGCAUCUUCACGUGAUAAGCCAAGACUUUGAUUCCAAUCAUCUUAAGAAUAAGAAGCAUUGGAACUCAUUCAAUUCCCCCUUCUUCCGGGAUUCAGUUGAUGUAAUAGAUGAAGUUAGUCAAAAUGGGAAGGCCAUAUUGAAGGACGAAAAUGUCCUUUCUAUGGAGCUAAGGUGUCAUCGAUGUCGAAGUGCACAUCCAAACAUUCCUCGUCUUAAAGCACAUAUCAGUUCUUGUCAAGCACCCUUUCCUGCAUUUUUGCUGCAAAAUGGUCGUUUAGUUUUCUCAGAAGGUAAAGAUGCAAAUCACGGAAUUUAGACACUGUUGAGCUGUUUGAAGUUGCUGGCAGCAUAUAUACACAAUUUUUUGGAAAAUAGUUUAGGCUGUUGGGUAGUUUAUGUGAACAAUUUCCAUUAAUUUACUGAACUUGUUGGUGACUUUCUU